AUGCCUUUCCCCGUCCCCUCCGCAAGCACCCUCACAAUCGCCGCAGCCACCACCGCAGCCGUCACCAUCCCGCCGACAAUCUACAACAUGUUCUGGGGCGAGAACAAGCUCCCCGUCGAGGGCCGACUCGUAGUCAUCACCGGCGGCUCCCAAGGCAUGGGCCUCUCCGUGGCCAAGCUCCUCUCCAAAAAGGGCGCCAGCAUCGCCAUCGUCGCCCGCAACCCCACCAAGCUCGCCUCGGCCCUCGCCGAGAUCGAGGCCUGCGCCCUGCACCCGGGCACGCAGACCUUCCACGCCGUCAGCGCAGACCUGACGCAGGCCUCCGAGUGCGCGCGCAUGCUCGACGAGAUCCGCGUGUGGGGCGGCGUCCCGGACAUUGUGUGGACGUGCGCGGGCUUCGCGGUGCCGGGCUUCUUCAAGGACCUUAGUGCCCAGCAGCUCGAGGAGCAGGUGCGCACGAAUUACUUCUCCGUCAUGUUUACGGCGCACGCGGCGAUCAAUAUGAUGAUGCGGUAUCCGCUGCGCAAGGGCGUGCCGCGGCGGCAUCUGGUAUUUACGAGUACGGUUAUGGCGUUCUAUACCAUCGCCGGGUAUAAUGCGUAUUCGCCGGCCAAGGCGGCGAUCAGGACGCUGGCGGAUGGGUUGAGGCAGGAGUGUAUACUGUAUGAUAUCGAUGUGCACUGCUGCUUUCCGGCCACGAUCUAUAGUCCCGGGUUUGAGGUGGAGCAGACGCUGAAGCCGGAGCUGACGAAGAUCUUGGAGGGGAGCGAUGAGGGGCAGACGCCGGAUGUGGUGGCAGAGGCAUGUGUGAAGGGGUUGGAGAAGGGGCAGAGUCUUGUUGUGACGAAUAUGUUGGGGGAGGCGAUGAGGGGUGCGUGUUGGGGGGGGAGUCCGAGGGGGUGCUGGUGGUGGGAUACGUUGUUGUCGUGGGUGGUGGCCGUGGUGUGGUUGGUGCUGGGGAGGAUGAUGGAUGGGGAUGUGCACAAGUAUGUCAAGAAGCAUGGCAUCCCGAUGAGGGGGAAGAAGGCGGCGGGGCCGAGGGAGGGCGGGAUUGGCGGGCCGGGGGAGAGGACGCAGAUGUUUUUGUAG